ACUGAGUACGACCCAACCCAAGGGCAACGGGCAUCGGCCUUGAGUAAAGAGUAAGCGAACUUUUGUUUUCUCUGUGUUCUGAUUUCUGAGUGAUAUUGGUGUCCUGUCAAGCCGAGUUGACCGAUACUCGUUCCUGCUGUAAAAUGUGGAUCUAUGUUAAAAUUUAGCCUCCGACCUUCCAGUGACUGGGUCUCAGGCUCUGCGAACCUUUUCGAAGUCAAAAAAUGUUUAAUCCGUGCUGAUCAGGACAAAAGCAGAAUGGGUGCUUUGGCCAGCAGGCAGAAUGCUGGCGUCGAAGAGGUCGAUGUCGUCUCCAACCAUGCUUACAAGUACCCACCGAAAUCAGGCAACUACUUCGGUAGCCACUUCAUCAUGGGAGGAGAACGGUUUGACACUCCGCAACCGGAGGCCUAUCUCUUUGGGGAGAAUGCGGACCUUAACUUCCUCGGAAGCCGACCGACCCCUUUUCCUUAUCCACCACCGCAACCGAAUGAGCCGACCAAAACUCUCAAAAGCCUUGUAAAUAUUCGAAAGGAGUCAUUACGACUUGUGAAAGCUGUUCCUAUCACGACAAAAUCCGACGGCGACUCUUCGGCCAAGCAUAUCCAGUACAACAUUGAAUUCGUUUUUGACUGUGAUGCCCGUACUUCCAUAACUAUUUAUUAUUUUUGCACUGAAGACAUUGUUGGAAAUGGCCUUGUAUAUACACCGAGAGAUCAAAGCCUUACGUCUGAAACAUUCCAUUAUCAAAAAGGAGCCAACCAGCUGUUCUCGCAGCCUUCUCAUUUAUUCGACCCGAGUAAAUUUUCUGCUGAAGAACUGUACUUCAACCCAGAAAAAGAGAUUAUUCCGAUAGCCAUCCAUUGUGUGGCACAAGACGGACCUGAUGACACGAGACAGUCACAUACGUGUAUUUCUGUCGUGGAAAGACAUUCUGAUGGCACUUACGUCCUCAAAGCCUUGAAGCAGAAACUGUUUGUAGAUGGACUGUGCUACCUCAUACAAGAGAUUUAUGGCAUUGAAAACAAAAACAUAGAAAACCCCAAGGCAAACAGUGAUGUAGAGACAGAAGAUAAUGGUGCAGAAUGUGUUAUUUGCAUGUGUGAUGUCCGUGAUACUCUAAUUUUGCCUUGUCGUCAUCUUUGCCUCUGUAAUUCGUGCGCUGAUUCUCUUAGAUACCAGGCCAACAAUUGUCCAAUUUGUAGAGCACCUUUCAGGGCACUUCUGCAAAUCAGGGCAUUGCAAAAAUCAAAUUCACCUCUACCGAAUUUACCACCUGAAGGAAGUAGUGAAAAUAUACCAUCCGGCUAUGAAGGCGUUUCUCUGAUUGAGGCUCUCAACGGCCCGACAACGAUGAGGCCACCAGCUACAUUGCACUUAGAAUCACUUGAAGAUCCAGAUUUAGAAAUACCAACACAUUUAUUGAACAGAUCAAGUUUAGAAAGGACCCCAAAAACAUCUAAAAUGGUAGGAAGCCCAGAUUAUGAAAAAGAAGUGUCCUGUUCCACACCCGAGGUACGCAUGUCAGUACUUUUGGCAAGGGAAAACGAGGGAUCUAGUCCAAAAGAAAAAGGAAAAUCGCCGUCAAUGUCUAGCCGUUGGAGGGAAAAACCGAAAUCUAAAGACACCGUCAAGACUGUUAACGAGACCGCAUCAACACACGAUGAAGCAAGCGUAGAAGAGGAAGUGGACAGCGAGGCUGAAAAAAUGUCCCCCUUGUUGAGCAAUAGGAAAGGAAGCAAAGAUGAUGACGACGACGAGGAUUUGAGCGUCGGCGACGAAAGCCCUGGCCACAGUGGCCCUCAGGGGAGAGGAUCGUCACCCACAUCACAAGGUGGCAAAGCAAAAGCGGAAAAUCUAAUGGAAAAAGAAGGGACAACUGCGGCAAAUGGGACCAUCGCGGUUGGCGACGAUUCCGAUUAUUACACACCCGAUGAUCCACCUGCGGCAACUAGCCCACUCCACAAUGACAAGGUGGAGUUUUUUAAAACAGAUGAUGGCCUGCCUAGAGUAACAGUCUGAACAAAACGAGUCUAUUCGUUUGGGAAAUUCGGCUCCUGGUACACCUCUGAGUGCCACAAGUCACAGGUCUAGCGCAGAUAGCUACUCUUCUUCUAACAGUUGCACCCGCCUUCUCAUUGAGAAAAACAACCAUCAUAACUGAAUUCUAAUGUGAUUAAUAGCACUGUUUGUUCAAUUACAAUUUUAAAGCACAAAUUUUUUUGAAAUCAGACAAAGCGCAAGGCGAGAU